AUUGUCGACUGUUUAGAAGGAUUACACAGAGCAUGGUGCCUUGGCUGGUAUGACCCGGCUACCUUCGACAAGUAUCAUUAUCAUUACUACGAGAAGAUCGAUAAUGGUGAUCUGAACUGGAUCAUUCCAAGAAAGUUUCUUGCCUUCGCUGGCCCCCAUUCUGAGCGACUAGAUCCGAAUGGUUACUUCACCCUGAUGCCCGAGGACUACUAUGAUGUUUUCAAGGAAUUUGGUGUAUCUCUGGUGGUUCGUCUGAACAAGAAGUGUUACGAUA